AGCUCUUUGUAAGAAGGGGGGAGUCAGAAAGGGGAGAGUGGGAGGUGAACCGGGUGUUUCUCUCAGCUGCCUCCUGGUCUGGUUGCUGUUGGUAACUUUGCUUGAUGAGAUCAGAGGGGAUCGGCUUUCAGGCCUUCGCGGCUCUCUCCCUCUCACUCUCUCUGCGGCUCCCUCUCCCUUCCUCCUUCCCUCCCUCCCUCCCUCCCUCUCUCUCCCCCGAAGUGGAACUGAAACUGGAGUGGGGCUGAAAAGUCUGUUCAGAGCUGCUGGUUGUCACAGGAGAACGUCGUGACGGCGCUUCCUUGGAAACACUCGGAGUCGGAGCACAAGAGUGGCAGCAGCUCUUGUCUUUCUGAAGAAAUUUGUGGCAUGAAACCAGAUCAUCGUUCAUUUAUUACCUCCUCCUUCGCCUCCCUUCACCACUCUCCAGUUAGGGACUCUUACCUUGGCUCCACCGCAUUGAUGAGGUAACGUCAAGCUCAUCACAGCGCAGAAUCCACCUGCACAGACAUCCACCUUUCUGUCAACCCUUCCAUCGCAGCCAUGGGCCAGAAGAUCUCUGGUGGCAUUAAGUCGGUAGAUGGUCGCGGGGAAAGCGGCAGCUCCCCGUCCUACCGGCCCACGGCUCAUCGUCGGCAGCACCCGGAAUUGAGGGGCCCGGAUUUCUCCAAGCCUCCCAGGUUGGAUCUCCUGCUAGAUAUGCCGUGCGCAGGACCGGAGACCAUGCUCCGUCACGCGUGGAACCCCGAUGACCGCUCCCUCAACAUCUUCAUCAAAGAGGAGGAUAAACUGACGUUUCACCGUCACCCGGUCGCUCAGAGCACGGACUGCAUCCGAGGGCGAGUUGGGUACACACGGGGUCUCCAUGUGUGGAGGAUCCACUGGCCUGCGAGGCAGCGAGGCACCCACGCUGUGGUUGGCGUUGCAACCUCGGAAGCUCCUCUUCAUUCUGUUGGGUACACAGCGUUAGUGGGGUCAGACUGUGAGUCCUGGGGCUGGGAUCUAGGACGCAAUAGGCUCUACCAUGACAGUAAGAACCGAGCCCACAGCACGCUGCCUUCUUAUCCUUGUUUCCUGGAGCCAGAAGAGUCGUUCACGCUGCCGGACUCUUUGCUAGUGAUUCUGGACAUGGAUGAGGGGACACUGAGCUUCAUGGUGGAUGGACAGUAUUUAGGAGUUGCAUUUAGAGGGCUGAAAGGAAAGAAGCUGUAUCCCAUUGUCAGUGCUGUAUGGGGACAUUGUGAGAUCUCCAUGAAGUACAUCAACGGCUUGGAUCCUGAGCCUCUUCCUCUGAUGGACCUGUGUCGGCGCGCCGCCCGGCUGGCGCUGGGUCGGGACCGGCUUCAGGAGAUCGAGACCCUCCCUCUGCCUCAGUCCCUCAAAAAUUACCUCCAGUACCAGUGACUGACACCAGCAGACACAACUGGGAAUGCAAGGAAAAAAGACCAUGGGAAAGAAUACAGAUGGACGGAGGAAAGAAUUAAUUUAUGUUUGGAAGAGGGAAUGAUUGAUGGAAGAGUGACUGGGAGCAAUGUGGCUCCUGACGGAGGGAUCCGUAGGCGGGGGAUGCGCCGAGAGGAGUUCAGACUUUCGAACUACGAAUAAGACAGCACCAGCUUCUUUUGGAUUCUUCAGCUGCUUCUCCAUUCAUUUUCGGACUCGAAAUAAAUUAUUGAUGGUGGUGUCCCAUCGGCAUCUCACUCAUAAGGAAUGGAAGCCCAUGCUCUGUGUGGCGAGGUGGGGGAAAGAGGCGGUGGUAAGGCGACCACCGCCACCUAGUGACCAGAAUAAGAGCAGCGCAGAGAAAGCACACUAAUCCCAUCCACAGAGGCCUUUCUGACAUACGCUCAGUGACCAUAUCAUUGCUGGUGGAUACCGUGGUGUGUAUUCACGAGCUCCACUGGCACAGAUAACAGGCUGCAGAGUCUAGGCGUCCAAGAGGGUUUUAGCACUAACUUUGUUUUUAUCUGACUGACUCGCGGCCCGACCAAAAGCUCACACUGCAUUCAGAGAAGAGCAAAACAUGGCUGUAAGCUGUAUGUAAAGUUUACUACAGUAUGGGGAGCGCAUCUAUCAGGUUUAUGCAGACAUUGACUGAAACCGAAGCCCCUUUCAGACAUGUAACAUUAUUACCUUCAUCCGUCCCGUGUUUGAUUUGUGCACUCUCACAUUUAAAUUCACAGUCUAACCAUGAAAUAUUUAAAAUUUGCAUUUCCAUUAAGUCUUAAUUAAUGAACGCCGUCAGUGUGAGAGUAACUCAUCAUCUUCAGCGUGUUCUAGUUUAUUGCAAAUUUCAGUCUACUCAUGGUGUCACAGUACUGCUCGUGUAGUAUCUCAGAACUGCAUGUCUUUUAAAACUUAUAUUCCAUGCUCACUUGGAUAAUUGAUAAUUAGAUCUUUUUGGAACUUUUAGAACUUUAAAAGUAUGAAUGGGGGGCGGGGCCGAAGUAAACCUUGUGGGCGUAGUUUUAUUAGAUGUAACUGACGAUAACCCGGAACAAUCGACUCAUAUGUUUCACCUCUGUGGUAUCGCCAAUACAGACGUGUGAAUAAACUGUUUUGUUCUUGGAACAAAAUAUCAGUUAAUCAGAAAUGAUGCCAAGCAUGCUGCUGUGGUUAAUGUGAUUCAGUGGAAACAUUACUAUGUCUGACUUUCGUGUCUGAAAGGGGCUUUACUGAAGAACCACAUAAGUCAUAGACCGGCUGCUUAAAGUUUCACUGUAAUGGACACUAAAUCAUGUAUUAUGAUGGCACGUCACAACCGUAGUAUUUCGUACUGAGCUGUGUCUGAGAGCUGUAGGUCGUGGCCUGCCGUGUAGCUAGUGCUAACAUGCUGUUGACAUGAAGAGAUACCUGCUGUUGUUUGUAGCACCCUGCUGUAGCUCCCCGGUAGCAGACACUACCUGCCUGCUCUCCGCACAACUGUCUUAAUGACAACGGACUAACAGGACCAGAGCAGACCUAGAACGCAGACCGUAGCGGGAUGUAGGAACUUUACUGUAGCAGCACGGCAGAAGUUGUUGGCUCAGAAUAGGAUGCAGAUGACCAAUGCACAAUGACACACACACACGACAUGCACACUGAAGACCAAUCAUGUUUUUCUUUCCUGAAAAAAUUAAAGGCUUGAGUCACUUUUUUUUUUUUACUUCUGAGUUUGUAUCUUCCAUUAUUAUUAUUAUUAUUGUUGUUAUUAUUAUUAUUGUAAGUGUGGGGUCUGAUUCUGACGAUGGUAGGACCAUGAUGAUGUUUAUUUAUCACAAGCUACUUCUAUGUUUGUUUCGUUAUCUGAUCGUUGAUGGUUACAUUCAGGUAAAUCUAAUACAAAGAUGCUGGUGAUGAAGGAAGAGAGAAAUGUGUCUUCAAUGCUGCUCUUAUAAUUAUUAUUAUUAUUAUUAUUUACAAUGGUGGCGUUCUUACCUCCUUUCUAUCAGUUAGGAUGAAGAGAAAACGACCAUUUCAGAAAAGUAGUAGAAUGUAUGGACGGACGGUUCAGAUGUCAACAGGUAUGAAAUGUGAAUAAAAGCCAAGUGAAUUUGAAAA